AUGUCUAUUGAAGUUAGUUCCCUUUUGCAUUCUGGAUAUUCUCACCCACUGUUUCGAGAAUGGCAAGCUACACGUUCCAUUACGAAGUCUGCAUUAAUGUACCCAAUCUUCAUUACAGAUGAUGAUGAUGCCAAAGUACAGAUUCCCAGCAUGCCUAAUCAAUAUCGAUGGGGUGUAAAUCGUCUUCAAGAGUUCCUUAGCCCACUUGUUGAAAGAGGACUUCGCAGUGUUAUUUUGUUUGGUGUUAUUACAGAUUCCUCUAAAAAGGACCCAAGAGGUUCUAUGGCCGAUUUAAAUGAAUCUCCUGUCGUAAAAGCCGUUAAAGAGAUCCGUAGAUUAUUCCCUGAUUUGGUCGUAGCUUGUGAUGUCUGUUUAUGUGAAUACACAAGCCAUGGCCAUUGCGGUAUUCUUUACGAUGAUGGAUCGGUGAAUAAUGCAAAGUCCGUUGAACGAAUUGCCCAAGUUAGUGGUAGUUAUGCUUUGGCAGGUGCCCAUAUAAUUUCUCCUAGUGAUUGUAUGGAUGGUCGGAUCAAAGCCAUCAAGUCAAAGCUCAUGGAAUUAGAUCUUUCUCACCGCGUCGCUGUCAUUUCUUACUCUGCAAAGUUUGCUUCUGGUUUCUUCGGCCCUUUUCGAGAUGCUGCCGGUAGCGCACCCAGUUUCGGUGACAGAAGAUGUUAUCAGCUUCCCAUGAAUGCUCGUGGUUUAGCUCGUAGAGCCAUCCUUCGUGAUUUGCGUGAAGGUGCCGAUGGUAUCAUGGUCAAACCCGGCACUCCCUAUUUGGAUGUUUUAGCUGAGGCUGCGAGAUUGGCUGAGGAUUAUCCUAUUGCAACUUAUCAAGUUUCUGGUGAAUUCGCUAUAAUCCAUGCAGCUGCCAACGCUGGCGUUUUUGAAUUAAAGCAACACGUGAUGGAAACCAUGCAUGGCUUUAUGCGUGCAGGUGCUUCCCUGGUUUUGACUUACUUCACUCCUGAACUCUUAGAAUGGUUGGACAAUUAA